AUGGGUAUUCUAUUGGAAGAUAGUCGAAAUCAAGAUAAGCUCAUCUGGCACUACUCUAAAAAUGGCUCCAUAGUGAAAAGUGCCUACCACCUUAUCAAAACACAAUCUACAAGCUGGCAAGAUGUAGCUUCAGGGAGUAAUGGCUCGGUGAAGGAUGUUUGGCCUCGCCUGUGGAAGCUCAACACACCAAGUAAAGUCAAGAUAUUCUUGUGGCGUAUCUGCAAGGGUAUUCUACCUACAUCUUCCACGUUGAAUAGCCGUGGAGUCUACCUUGACCCUACGUGCCUUUUAUGUAAGGCCUCUGUUGAAGAUGUUAAUCACCUCUUCCUGUGCUGUCCGGUAGCAGUUCAGGCUUGGGCCCUCAGUUUUCUUACACUAAAGAUAAGGUUAGACUCCGCCAAUCAGGUUUCUUCUUGGUUGCUUGGCCUUCUGAAUCUCUUGAAGAAGCGGGACAUGGAAUUGUUACAGAAGUAUCGGGAAGCCAACACAUCUCCAAAUACUCCAAUCCGUACUUCCAUUGCUCCACUCCACUGGAAAAAGCCCCCUGUGGGCUUCCUAAAGGCAAACUUCGAUGGCGCAGUUGUCUCCGAAUAUGGCUACUCUGGUGUUGGAGUUGUUGUGAGGGACGAGCGGGGCAAUUUUGUUGCAGGAACUUCUCACAAAAUCUUUGUGGAAAGUGCCCAACAUUAUUUUGGAGGCGACUCUUUGAAGAUCAUCAACAUACUUAAGCUUAUGGAAUCUAAUGACUCCGCCUACGGGGUGCUGUUAGAUGAUAUCUUUGUUAGGUUACAGAACUUCGCCGCUUGGGAGGCUAAUUGGGUCCCUAGAAAGGCCAAUGUGCCAGCACAUUUAUUAGCUAGAAAUGCUAGCUCUAUUUCAGAUAUCUGUAGUUGGAGUUAUUCUCCACCACCUUUUCUUCUUUCCGCAAUUUCGGCGGACCUAUCCUCACCUUAA